AUGGUCUUCCGAGUAUGGGUAAAAACGUCAUUUCUCCUCACUAUAUUUUAUCUUCAUUUCCCGAAUUAUUAUGUCCACGUCCACGCCAGAAACGAUGCAUUUGGGACCGGCGACGAGCUCAGUCCACUCCUGCCGGCCGAAACACAUACCAUUGUAAUUUGUGGAGUUUCUUUUGUGGUGAUUGUAGCCCAAAUUGAUCUGCGGAAGCCAGAAACAACAACCCCCUCUCCGUCCUGCCAGUUCCUCAAAAUCAUCAUUCUCUGCAUCUUCCGGUGUGGCAUUCUCAACGGCCAUGUUCAAUCAACAAUCCCCCAAUUCGCCUUCUUCAAGGCCACAUAUUUCGCCGGCAACCCUCACCUCUGUGGAUCUUUUCUGAACAACCCAUGCGACCUCGCCCCAAUUUCCAGUCCGCCGAGGAAAUCCCACGGCGAUUUCAAGCUGAUUUUCGCGGCUGCCGCCAUCAUCAAGGCCAAGUCUUUCAAGAAAACGGGUCGGUUUGUGGAAAAUGACGUCAUUCCAGAAGCUGGAUUUCACGGUCUCCGACGUCCUGGAAUGCCUGAGAGACGGCAAUGUGAUCGGCCGGGGUAGUCUACCAUAGCAAAACCCCUAACGACGUCGAAAUUGCAGUGAAAAAACUCCUGCGAUUCAACAACACCACCCACAACCACGGCUUCCGGGCCGAGAUCCGGACCCUAGGCAACAUCCGACACCGAAACAUCGUCCGAUUGCUGGCAUUCUGCUCCAAUAAGGACACCAACCUUCUGGUCUACGAGUACAUGAGAAACGGUAGCUUAGGCGAGGCUUUGCACGGCAAAAAAGGCGAGGUUAUUGGUGGAGGGUUUCUCAGGUCUUUGGCCAUUGACUCUCCGAAAUUUGGCUCUCCGUCUCCACAUCUUUGGCCAUUGACGAGUACGAUGAUGUUCUUGGUGGAGGGUUUCUCAGGUCUGAAAAUGGGAGGCCAUCUCCAUAACCAAUUGUAUUUGUACAGUAUUCAGAAUGCUUGUGAGAGUAAUGGAGAUUCUGCUGAAAAUGAGGCUGCAGAGGUUUCUUUCUAAACCCAGACAACCUUCGA